AAAUGUGUCACAAGACGCCUUUAAAAUGUGGCUUCUCUCGCAUCCCCCGCGUUCAGCGUCGUCCACGAACAGCAUGGGGAGCUCCAGCACUGCCGUGACCUGGGAAGGUGAAGGCGGACAGGAAGCUCCGCACGGGGGCGUUUCGGCGUGAGAUUUCUGUUUUUCCCAAGUGGGACGUGGGCACCCGCAGAGACGCCUCUGCCGUAGAUGCCGCACGUCGGCGGCUGACUGGUCACGCUGGCGGAGGCAGCAGCAGCAAACCGAUGGGGAGGGGGGGAAUCGCCGUUCCUGCGCUCCCCUCCUCCUCCCCCUCCUCGCGUGUCCUCCGAGGCAGCCUUCUUCUUGCUCGAGCCACUCCCUCCCGCUGCAGGGCGGAGUGUAAGGGUGCCUUUAAAUUGGGUGCGAGGGAGCUGCUGCCUGCUCAGUCUCAUCUGUGAUGUAAGGAGAGGUUUUAGGUGUCUAAGCCGAUCGCCUGACUUCGCCUGUCAUUUUCUGCCGGGCACCCUUUCUCUCUGCCACUCCGCCGCUGGGUAGAUGUGCCCUUAAACCACUUCCGCCGCCGAGCAGUAGUUGGCCCGGACCUCGUCUCUGUCCGUCUGCCCAGCUUGACCUGCUGGUGCGCGCUCCGCUCCGUGCUCUCCCGGGUGCGCAGGCAUGGAAGAAAAGGAGGAGUGCAGGGUGCUCUCCAUCCAGAGCCAUGUCGUCCGGGGCUACGUGGGCAACAAGGCGGCGACUUUCCCCCUACAGGUGUUGGGCUUUGAAAUAGAUACUGUGAACUCUGUCCAGUUUUCAAAUCAUACAGGUUAUGAUCAUUGGAAGGGGCAGGUAUUAAAUUCAGAUGAACUUCAUGAACUGUAUGAAGGACUGAAACUGAACAAUGUGAAUCAUUACGACUAUGUACUUACUGGCUAUACCCGGGAUAAAUCAUUCCUUGCAAUGGUGGUUGAUAUUGUUCAAGAGCUGAAGCAACAAAACUCCAAUCUGGUCUAUGUGUGUGAUCCUGUGAUGGGUGACAAAUGGAGCGGGGAAGGCUAUAUGUAUGUUCCAGAGGACCUCUUUCCAGUGUAUAAGGAUAAUGUGGUACCUGUAGCAGAUAUAAUAACACCAAAUCAGUUUGAAGCUGAGUUACUUACUGGCAGGAAGAUACACACUGAAAAAGAAGCAAUAGAAGUAAUGGAUAUGCUCCACAAUAUGGGACCAGAAACGGUUGUAAUCACCAGCUCAGACCUUCAGGCACCUUCAGGAAACGAUUAUCUGAUUGCGUUAGGAAGCCAAAGGAGAACUACAGCAGAUGGCACUAUAGUGACACAAAGGAUCCGAAUAGAAUCUCCCAAAGUAGAUGCUGUCUUUGUUGGAACAGGAGACCUAUUUGCUGCUAUGCUCUUGGCUUGGACUCACAAACACCCAGACAAUUUUAAGAUGGCCUGUGAAAAGACAGUAUCUGCAAUGCAACAUGUUUUGCAAAGGACCAUCAAGAGUGCAAAGGACCAAGCUGGAGAAGGAAACAAACCUAAUUCAGCCCAGCUGGAACUGAGGAUGGUCCAAAGCAAAAAGAACAUAGAAAAUCCAGAGAUAAUAAUAACUGCUACUGUGUUAUAAAGAAUAAUCACCAAGCCAGUACAACUGUAACCUUAGCCAGGCAUCCAGCUAGUCUGGAGAACAGCAAAAUAUUCCUUUUGGAGGAAAGAAAAGAUCCCUUCAAAUUCAACCUUCAUCUUCAUUUUAUAAUAAAUUUUAUAUAUUACUUUAAAAUGAUGUAUUUUAAUACUAAAUAUUAUUUAUCUGUAUUUUUAAUUCUGUGCUGGCUAAUUUUAAUCAUUCCCCUAAUUUUGAGGAAAAUUCAGCAAACACUUUUGUUCCUGCUAUAGACAUUGAUUCUUAUGUUUGAGACUCAACAGGAAGUCACUAAAGAAAAGGAAAUAUAAAAGUUCAGUGUUAUCAAGAACAUUGGUAGUUGCUGAGAUUUUUAAUUGCUUUACAUUAUCUGAUUAUAUAUACAGUAAAUCAACAUAUUGCAUAGAACAGUGAUUCGGUUUUCCUAUGACUGUUUUUUCUUUUAGCAACCAGUUCCAAAUACUUUUGGAAUCAGAAGUACACAAAGCUACUAACAAAUACUUCAUAUAUUGGCAUAUUCAUUUAAAGGAAAGAACAUUUCAUAGAGUAGUUGUCCUACUUACAGGCCCAUCCAUGUCAUUUUUAUCCUCAACUGAGUUUCAAUAUAUAUAUACUAUAGAUGACUGUUCCCCGAGUAUACAUGUCGGGCACCAGCACUAUCCUCACACAUUUGCUUUUAUCUGGAAUGAGAUAUAAGGAAAGAAGAUGCUGGCAGUAUUCAAUCAUCUCUCUGUGUUCAUUUUUUCCCCAAAGAGCAGUGAAAUGGAUCAGAAGAGAGGCAAGGAUUUACUAUAGCCAUAGGUGGGUUUGAGUAACACAUAGGCAUCAAAAUUUCUAAAUAAGGCCUGCAGAAUGCUACUUCUUUUAAAAUGUUGAGCUCUCACAUGGAAUCUUACCAUUCUUUUGUGGGAACUCAGGAUGAGAUAAUUGUAUAUUAUUUUGGCAUUACAAAAAUGCAGUUUUGGCAUUUUCACUAUUGUGUGAGAUUGUAUAAUGAUAACGACCAUUUCUAAAGGUUACCAGUCCCUGUCAUAAACCAUAGCAAAAUCACUGGCUGAAUAAUACAAACAAUAAAGUGGUUUCUUGGCUUGGCUUUAGCCAUUUUCCUAAAGUGUGAACCUAAUUAUGUUUUUCAGCAUCAGCAACUUAAGAUACUUUAAUGCAAGGAACUAGACUCUUUCUUUCUUUCUCUCUCUCUCUCUCUCUCUCUCUCUCUCUCCCUCCCUCCCUCCCUCCCUCUCCACACACACACACACACACGGAAAGACAUAUGGAUACAAAGCUGAUCUGGACUAACUGAUCUGGCCUAGCUGGAUAAGAAACAUGUUGGAUCUAAAAAAGUUAAAUAGUGUGUAUUUUAAUACUGGCAGAAGUAUUGACAUAUAACACUAAGUUGAAUAACUACUACUACCAUACUUUUUGAUAGUUGUUUUAACAAAAAUGAAUGGUGGUGAUAAUUUCUUGCUCAUAUGCAUCCCACUUUUGGCAAGGACCGUUUCAGUAUAUCUAUGAAACUAAUUUUUAUUAAUAUGGUUUGAAUUGUUUGUGAUUCAGAAGAAGCUAAUUAUGUUCUUUAAAAACGUGUAACUGAAUUCUGACAUGCUUAGAUUUUAAACAAAAUGGCUUCAGAAGAUGACAAUGUUGUGCACAGAAAUCAAUAGCGGGGAAAUAGUUAAGCAAUUAAUUAUCUUCCUGAAGUUAUUUUUUUCUUUAAAAUAUACUGAGUGGGGAACCUCGACUACAUUUGCACAUACUGUAAUCUUUUACUAGCUCCCCAGCAGGACCAAAAUUCAUAUAAAAUGAAGCUUUAAUUAACUUUAAUGUAUUCAGUUCUUUCUCACAACCUUGAACAUAAUAACAUGUAGAAAAUAAGUAGAAACACGUGUGUGAAAACAUACAAAUCCUUGCAUUUUAACAUGCUUUUGAGAAGCAUGUACAUAUAUUAAAACUGCUUUAUUUUGAUAUUUCUUUACCAAAUUGUAUUCAAAAUGCAGCAAAUCUGAUCAACGCAAUACUUUACAAAGAAUUUAGAGGACCAAGAUUUCUAGCUAAAGAUACUGCCUUGAGUUCCCUGAUCUGUAAUCUUGACUGGGUGGUGUUAAUUAUUGUCUUUCUGAUACUGUGAUCAUACUUGUUUCUUGAUUCAUAAUAUAUAGCAAGAAAGAUUGUAAUAAAAUUAUCUUUAUUCAAUACUACUGUGCAUAACUAUGGUUAGAUUUUCUUUUUGUUGUAAGGUACGUCAAACUUAAACAAAACCAGAUUAGUUUUAUAGUGCUGUUAAAUCAGGUGGCCUUUAUUUUUAUUUUUUUUCAUUAUUUGAUGUAAACAUGUGGAUGAUGAUUGAGGAUCAUAAUGUGAAUGGUGGCUGAGGAUCAUUAUCAGCAUGUGAACUGUCUAAAGAGAAUCAACAGUCAAAUAACCAUGAGUUCAUACGAAGGGUCCAAUCUACCCUGAAGAAUGAGCAUUUUCAUUCUAAAGUGGCAUGGUUAUUUGUAUCCUUUAAUUAAGUUGUAUGGAGAAGAACUAUACAAAGCUUUGGAUGUUUUAUUUGGAAUAUUCAUGAACACAAAGGUUGCACUUGUCUGCAGUGCAUUAAAUCAGCCAUUUUGUUUCCCAAGACUAAGCAGAUGUUUUAAAGUAUUACAUGCAGGACCAAAAGUACCUUUUGGAGAUCAAUUCCAAAGGACUACAUAGCCCUUGUAAUGAGGUUUUAUCUAUAUAAAGUGUAGGUAAAAUGGAUGAUGAGCAUUUAAUUACAUAUUCUGCACAUCUACGUAGUUCAAUAUGUUUACAAAAUAAGUUAGGGAUAUUCAAAGUGACUGAAUCUACAACUGAACUUUAGAAAUUGCCAGACAUGUAACAAUUAAUUUUAUCUUUUCCCCUCUUCUGAUCAUUGUUGAUUUGGUGGCUCUAAUCCCAGCAAUAGCCCAUAGCCUUUAGAUUAAGGCUAAGAGAUAGGGGGUUGAUCAGUGCUUGCUACUACAUUAAAUUACCUUUGCACUCUCACAUUCAGUACGAAGAUAUUUGGGAAAAAGUAUACAGAAACUGACUAUAUUAUUGAUCAGUUAUUCUGAUCUCUGAGCUGCUUACACAAAAAUCUGCAUUUAUAAGAACUGGAAACUUCUAAUGGGAAAAGAAUAUUAGAGCCAGCAAUAUCAAUUAAUUAAUAGACCACUCUCAUUCCAUUUUUUUCCCAAGAAUCUCCUGCUUUUAAACUUGAAAUGUUGUGGACCAUGUCUGUUUGUGAUGUAAACUGUGGCCUAAUAUUUCUCCUUUCCAAAUGGAUCAUAGUUAGAAAUCAUUCUGUACAAACUUAAAUCAUAUUAAUCACAAGGUAACAAGACUUGGAGUGCUAAUUGAACACAGUUGCAAUUUGAGAACCUUAUUGAACUAUUUCAUUCAAAUGUAAAACACUGUGUUAGGUAUUAAGUAGUUAGUAGAUCACCUGCAUGGGAAAUGGCAUCCGAAUUCCAGCUUAAUUAGAAUACUGAACUUCCUCCUUUAGAGAUGGUACACAUGCAAAUGCAUUUGUGCUUUCUCAGAUUUUUAAGAAGUGUAAAAUUUAAUCCUUAAAAUAAAACCUAAAAGAAUGGAAGUGGCGUUUAUGGUGAAAUUGGCAAAAUAUAAAAAGCAAAUAUAAUAGCAAAGAAACACAUUACCCUCCUACUGCUUUAGAUUAAAGUGAGGCUAUGGAGAAGGGUGUGAUCUUUUGGCCAACUGCAUAUGCUAUUUUCCAAAAUUCUAGCCCUAGGUCUGGAUGAUGCCAUCCAAAGACAAUAGAUACCUGUGCAACUGGUACUGGUACUCCAAGUUUGCCUGCCUUUUGGAGCAAAAAUGUAUUCUUGAACUUAAGACUUGUAUUAAAAAUCAUGGUUUGGGUACAUUUAAAGAACACAAAGUAGAGGAAGCACAUAAAAGAUACUGCUAAAUUGUGCCAUAUGUUAAUAAGUGGAAAUUAUGUGUAUCUUUGACAUAUUGCCUUUCAUUGCAUUGCUAAUUAGAAUAAUAGUUGUGUCUAGAAGAAUGUGGCAUGUGUACUCUGUGUGUGUCUUGAAGUUCUAUGUACAUGAAAUUAACGUAGAAAUUGAAGGCUUAGCAAUGCAGGCCUUCAACAAGGGAAAUAAAAUUAUAUAUUUUUAUAGACAGUUGUACAAUUUUAGGUCUCAGCUACAGUACAUCAUAUCAGCUUCUUCCAAGAAUGUAAAGCUGCAAGAUUGGAUAGAAGAGGGUGGCUGUGGAAAUGAGAAAGAGAGUUCAAUCAACCCCAACAGCCCUAGAUGGAUUUAAUUAAAGAUGCCUUUGAAAUAUAUUUUUAGCUCUAAAAUAUUAAAUGGAGAAUAUUUGCGAGCAAACUUUCUAUGUCUAUGACAUUUGUGUAGUGCUUUGUAUUGAAGAAAUCAAAUGGUUCUAUGUUUAUACUUCUUAUUAAUUGUUCUUGAGUUGUAGGGACAAUAAGUAGACAAAUAGUUUUUAUUCCAGAAAAAAAGAAUUUAUGUGAUGUGCAGUUGUGUAUAACUGUUAGUGGCCACUGUCCCUAUGAAGAAUGUUGUUUGUAUAUUUUCUGGUUUGGCACAUGUGACUUUUAUCCAUUUUGUAGUAAAGUUUACAUGCUAAAAUAUGUAAUAAGUAGAAAGAUAAUAAAGUCAAUGAACAAUCUAA